AUGAUGAUGAUCAGCACGGAGGAGCUCCACCGCUACCACAAAAUUGAUAGAGAUAUAUUCUCUCGUCUUGUUAUAAAGUUUAAGCGAGACCCAGCAGAAUCCUUGCUUGUCAUGGCCGUUUGGCUAUGGCUCGAAGACAAGGGCUACCCAAACAUCGUAGUAAAAAUGGUCGGGCUGUCUGAUGCAAUUGUGGGCGCAUUAGCAAAUGAAGCUGUUUUAUGUUUCAAGUCAUGUCUCGAAUCCAACGCUCCUCGCGUGGCAGCCGGUGGCGGUGGCAUUCCCCUAACUUCAGUACUCAUGGAAAGAGACAUAUCUUUGCAAAUGUUCAGCCAAAACAGAUUCACUGCAAUUAGUGGGAUAAAGAGUUUUCUCAACAACGUUUGCUGUCAUGUUUUUUCCGAUAUUCUACAACGUGUUCUUGAUCCAGGCGCUUCACAAGCAAACUUGAACCACCCAUUAUUUGGUGCUAUGAUCACCACGAAUAGUAGUGGUUUUCUAACAGGAGGGAUAUGGGACUGGCAACCGGCUGAUCAUGGUGUUUCGGAGGACGACAGGACAAUGUUUCUGACAUUUUCGCGAGGUUUUCCCGUGUUGGAAGAAGAAGUGAAGGGGGUUUUUACAGAACUUUACGGGGAUUGUGUGGAAAGUUUCCAAAUGGAGACUGUCCCUUCCGGUGAACAGCCCUUGUAUGCUAGAAUGGUUUUGCGUUGUGUCACAAUUGUUGAUCGGAUUUUGAACGGGAAACGCAUAUCAAAAUUUCGGGUCAACGGGAAACACAUAUGGGCUCGGAAGUAUGAACGCCGAGAGUAGAUCGAUCAUUCAAAACUUGUCAAUGUUCCCCUUUCUUUCUUUCCUGAUCAUGUGGUUAAUUAAUUGUUAUUUGGGCCUCAUUACCACUACAUAAAAUUAAACCACGGAUGUAACAUUGUUGAACGUU